AAUGCUCGCGUUCACUAAUGUUGCUUAGCCGGCACUACCUUGACUUAGUCAGUCGGCGAAGAAAGCUGCAGCGAUUCGGUUCGUUUGGGUUUGCAGCACUUUUUUAGUUGUAAUCUCAUUUUAAUUGUUUUUUCAAAAAUCAACUGACCUCUAAUUUUUUUUUUAUAAACGCGUGUAAUCGGUGUGCAGGCAUUACUAACAGUAAAUUAUCGGUUGUGUUAUUUUGCAUUAUAAAGCAUGGGUGAGUGAAAUAUUGGUGUUGCGUGAAGUUAAAAUAAUUUCACACACGUGUCGUGCUAAUUUUGGUGUAAAUGAAAAGUAAUUAAAACACCCACAAAAACCGGUAGCGAAGAAGUAGCGGUGCAGUGAUUUUGCUCCACAUUUCUAGAAAACGUUUUGAUCUUCAAAGGUGCAAAUGUAUCGAUGGCGGGACUAACGCUCGGCCACUUGUUGCUGUUGCUUGGCCUUUAUUGCACACUGGUGCAAGCCAGUUACCCACUCAAAAUACUAGGUUUAUUUCCACACCCAGGCAUUAGUCACUUCCACUUCUUCCACCCCAUUAUGCGGGGCUUGGCCGAGAAGGGUCAUGAUGUUACUGUGAUAAGUCACUUUCCCGAUAAAAGUCCAUCAGCACGGUACAGAGAUCUUCCGUUAAUAGCUAAUGAAACUUUUACGAAUAGCGUGGACUUGAAGAUCUUCGAAACGCAAUCCUUCUACAAUCACUUCUUGGAAUUCUUUUUGAUCACCGAAUGGGGAACGGACGCCUGCAAUCUCACAUUGCGUUCCGAUGCUUUGGCGCAGGUGUUGCGAGAGCGGCAACAUUUCGAUGUGAUCAUCAUGGAGCAAUUCAAUAGCGAUUGCAUGACGGCGGUGGCACAUCAACUGAAGGCGCCUUUCAUAGGUUUGAGCAGUUGUGCUAUGCUGAAUUGGCAUUACGAACGCAUGGGCAUGCCCAUGAUAACCUCAGUUAUGCCAUCACUAAUUAUGGGACAAUCCGAGGAAAUGACAUUCGGCGCUCGUUUCGCCAAUUGGUUCACACACCACGUUAUGCUUUUGCUUUAUGAUAUUUACAACACGCCCGCUACCGAUGCCUUGGUACGCCACAAAUUCGGACACGAUAUGCCCUCGGUUGCCGAAUUGGCGAAGGAAACAUCAAUGUUAUUCGUCAAUCAGCAUUUCUCAUUGAGCGGUGUCAAACCGCUGCCACCGUCCGUUAUCGAUAUUGGCGGCAUACACAUACAGAAGGCUAAGCCGCUCGAUGCUGAGCUGCAGAAGUUCAUCGAUAACGCCGAACAUGGUGUGGUCUUCAUUAGUUGGGGCUCGAUGAUACGCGCCGACACUAUGUCGCCCGCUAAACGUGAGGCUAUCAUACGCGCUGUGAAGCGACUUAAACAACGGGUGAUUUGGAAAUGGGAGAACGCCACGCUGGAGCACAAGCCGGAUAAUCUGUAUGUUAGCAAGUGGUUGCCACAACGCGACAUACUCUGUCAUCCGAAUGUGAAGGUGUUCAUGUCCCAUGGCGGUUUAAUGGGUAGUUCAGAGGCGGCUUACUGUGGUGUACCGGUAGUGGUCACGCCCAUAUUUGGUGAUCAGUUUUUGAAUGCGGCGGCGUUAAAGUAUCGCGGUAUGGGUGUGGUGCUGAAAUAUGGCGAUAUCACCGAGAAUUCAGUGCUGAGUUCAAUAAGAGAGGUGUUGAAGAAACAAUAUAUGGAUAACGCCAAAGCGGUUUCAUUCUCCUACAGACUUCGUCCGCAGAGCGCACUCGAGACCGCCAUCUGGUGGGUGGAAUAUGUCGCCAAAACCAAAGGCGCGCCGCUCACUAAAGCUCACGCCGUGCAUGUAUCGCGCUUCGUCUACUACUCACUGGACAUUUAUCUAUUCAUUGCAGUCAUUCUAUUCAUAUCGGUUGUGAGUUGGAGUUUUAUAUGCAGUAGACUGUGCUCGCGGAGUCCCAAGGCCGCUAAACAAAAGUCAAAUUGAACAAGGAGGUAACGAUUUCAGAUUGAGAGAGUUAGUUCGAGUAAAAUUAAGACAAGAGCACUUUAUUUUCUCUCUUAGAUAUAUUGGAUAACAAAUUGCUGUUAUUCUUAACUGAGUUCAAAACAAAUAAUUAAUGAAGUUAUCGUAAUUAGCGUAAUUUAGCUCAUAAAAAGCGUGAAAGAAGAGCAAAAAAUACCUAAAAAUUCUUUGCCAAAAGUUUAAAAAAAUUAAGGCAAUACAAACUCCAUUUUAAUAGUUAAAAUAACAAAAUAAAUGAAUAAUUGUUUUAAAAAAAAUUUUUCAUCCAUGGUUUAAAAAAGUGUCGCCACUUUAACAUAAAGAGUUGCCAAAAAAGCCAUUGAGGCAUCAUUAAAACUAUAUAAGAUAUAAAUAUUUAUAAGUUAUAAAUACACCUUUUUUUCUUGUUAAAAAUCA